AUGGCAUUUAAAAGAGAUCAAACUAAAAAUGUUGGUGUAGAUGAUUUAAUUAUGCUUUCAGAAGUUUCUGAAAAAGCAUUACUUGAAAAUUUAAAAGAUAGAUACAAAGAAGGUUUAAUUUAUACCUCAAUUGGACCAGUAUUAAUUUCAAUGAAUCCAUAUAAACAAUUAGGAAUUUAUGGACAAGAUAACAUUAAUUUAUAUAAAGGUAAACAUGAAUUUGAAAUCCCACCACAUAUUUUUAAGGUAGCAGAUAAAGCAUACAGAGCAUUAAAAUCAGAAGGAGAAAAUCAAUGUAUUAUCAUUUCAGGUGAAUCUGGUGCAGGUAAAACUGAAGCAAGUAAAUAUAUAAUGCAAUAUAUCGCCAGUAUCACAGGUAGUAGUGAUGAAGUCGAACGUGUUAAAAAGACUAUUUUAGAGAGUAAUCCAUUAUUAGAAGCAUUUGGUAAUGCAAAGACACUCCGUAAUAAUAAUUCAAGUCGUUUUGGUAAAUAUAUGGAAAUUCAAUUCAAUUUAGCCGGUGAUCCAGAAGGUGGUAAAAUUACAAAUUAUCUUUUAGAGAAGAGUCGUGUCAUUAAUCAAACUAUGGGUGAACGUAAUUUCCACAUCUUUUAUCAACUUUUAAAAGGUUCUAGUGCCGAAGAAAAACAAUCUUUUUGUCUUUUACCACCAGAGCAAUACAGUUAUUUAAAUAAAGGUCGUUGCUACAGUGCCGAUGGAAUCGAUGAUGAACUCUCCUUUAAACAAACAAAGAAUGCCAUGAAAGUAGUUGGUAUCGAUGAAAAAACUCAAAGAGAAAUUUUUAGUACACUCUCUGCUAUCCUCUUACUUGGUAAUGUUACCUUUAAUGCUCAAGGUACUGGCUCUGUUGUUUCAGACAAAAAAUUAACCGCAUCAAUUUCCAAUUUAUUGGGUGUAGAGCCAUCACUUUUAGAAAGUGCUUUAGUAUCUCGUAUGAUUAGUACCGGUCAAGGAGCUCGUAUUUCAAACUAUCAAGUGCCACAAAAUGUAGAACAAGCACUUUAUGCCAGAGAUGCUUUUGCCAAAGCUAUUUACAGUAAACUUUUUGAUUUCAUUGUCAGAAAGAUCAAUACAUCCAUCGAAGUUAAAACCAUCGGAAAAGUUAUUGGUGUUUUAGAUAUCUAUGGUUUUGAAAUCUUUGAAAACAAUUCUUUCGAGCAAUUUUGCAUCAACUAUGUCAAUGAAACACUCCAACAAAUUUUCAUUGAUCUUACAUUAAAAACCGAACAAGAAGAAUAUGUACAAGAGGGCAUCAAAUGGAUUCCAGUUGAAUAUAUUAAUAAUAAGCCUUGUGUAGAACUUAUUGAAAAGAAACCAAUCGGUAUUUUGGCAUUAUUAGAUGAAGAGUGCCUUUUCCCAGAAGGUAAUGAUCAAACAAUGAUUGACAAGUUAAAUAAGCAUUUCUCAAAUAAUAGCCAUUACUCUAAAGUUGAAAGACAAAAGAACUCUCAAUUUAUUAUUAAUCAUUAUGCUGGCAAAGUCUUUUAUAAUAUCGAUGGAUUUUUAGACAAAAAUAGAGAUACUCUUUUCAACGAUUUAGUUAUAUUGGCCACCUCCUCAUCAAUGAGUUUAAUCUCUGAAAUUUUCAAAUAUGUUGCUCCAAUAGAAACCGAUGCAGAACAAGAGAAAAAGAAUUUAGAUAAAUUUAAAAAGAAUGGUUUUGCAAAUACUUCAGCCAAAUCCUAUAUUCCAACUGAUAAGAAAAGACCUAUCACUGCUGGUUUCCAAUUCAAAAACCAAGUUUCAUCUCUUUUAAAAUCGCUCUACUCUUGUAAUCCACAUUACGUUCGUUGUAUUAAACCAAAUGAAAAUAAAAGAGCAUUAGAAUGGGAUCAAGAAAAAUGUUCCGAACAAGUUCGUUAUUUAGGUCUCUAUGAAAAUCUUUUAGUUAGACGUGCUGGUUAUUGUUAUCGUCAAACAUUCACUAAAUUUAUGCGUCGUUAUUAUAUGGUCGCUAAAUCAACAUGGCCAAAAUGGUCAGGUGAUGCUCAAAAAGGUGUCGAGUUGUUAUUAAACGAAUUAAACAUACCAAAAGAAGAAUUUCAAUUUGGUAAAACUAAAAUCUUUAUUCGUAAUCCACAACCAUUGUUUUUAUUAGAAGAAAAGAGAACUGCACGUCUCAAUGAAUUAGCUACAUUAAUAGGUGCCACUUGGAAGAUGUACAAGCAAAGAAAAUGGUAUUUACAAACAUUGGCUGCAAGAAAAAUUCAAAGAGCUUAUCGUGGUUGGUUAUUACGUCGUGAAUGCGUAAAACUCAAGAAUCAAUCUCAAAAUAUUUUCAUUAAUAACAAAGAACGUAACAGAAAGUCAAUUCAGUUAUCAAGUAUUGCAUUUAUUGGUGAUUUCCUUUCAUUAGCUAAAGAUCAAUACACUGUUAAUUCAUUAAAACAACAAGAAGGUCAAAAUAGCGAACUUCAACUCUCUGUUAAUGUAUCCAAGGUUAGUCGUCAUCACAAGAUUCAAAAGAGAGCAUUAUUAAUUACAAAUGAAAAUGUUUACCCAAUUCAUCCACAUAAACCAAAGAAAGAUGGAUCUUGGUUCACUAUCAAACGUAAAAUCCCAUUUAGCUCAAUCGAUAAAAUCUCAUUCAGUAAACUUUGUGAUGACUUUUUUGUUAUCCAUGUAAACAACGAACAUGAUUAUGUUUGUGAAACUAUCAGAAAAACUGUUUUCAUCACUUUAUUAUCAAAUCUUUAUCAAAAACAAUUAAACAAACAAUUAGUCAUAGAGUUUAAUGAUUCAAUUCAUUAUCGUUCUCAAAAGGGUCCAUCAGAAUUAAAAUUUGUUAAGGUCGAACAUAUUCAAGAAAAGAACCCCCAACAACCUUUAAAUUAUUCAACAAAAUCAGAGAAAAAUUCUUUAAAAAUUUCAGUUUUACCUGGUUUACCUGUUGAAACUAGAAGUGUUGUUGUUGGUAAUUAA